GUGGGGGGUACUACACUGGUUUUGGUUCAAACAUUCUCCCAUUUUCCAUUGUACGAAUUUCACACGUUUGUUUUUAAAUUUGCAAAAUAAAACUCUCCUACUACCCCCCACACACCUGGACUGACUAGCAGGUGGCGUGCCUCAGCGUCGUCACAACGAUUUGCGACGCGAAAGUUUGAAAACAUUCCUCCCCAAAAGGAAUAACAUGCAAACAUCGCGCACAAGGGCGUCCGCGGGGAAUGACUCGUGGUUCGUGGUGUAAACUAUCACAAGCGACUGGUACCCUUUUGCUGCCCUUAACAUUGACUUUGGGGCUGCCGCGGUUGGGGAGACAGGUGCGUAACAACCUGCACAGUCUGCUGUGCAACGUGUCUAUAGAGGCUAUAAAACGUUCCGCACCGGAUCGACGAGGGAACAGUCGGAUGUGUAGGGCUCUUGGAUGCUCUUGGUGCUGCUGCUGCUCUGGAUAGUAGCAAGAUACGUUAUCAAUUUAGCGCUCAGUUAAGCUUACCUUUCCUUUUACACAAAAAAACCUCCCGGAGGUGAUGCGGUCUAAAGUGUGUUCCGGCGGCAUGAUGCCGACAGUGGCUCUUCUUCCGCUUCUGGUCGGUCUGCUGUCGCUGGCCGUGGCGGUGCAGGGCGCCUGCAGCUCUUCGGACAACUGCACGCGCACGAUCUACACCUGGGAAGGGGGCCGGAUCGUUUGGCCCUGCCCGACCACGAAGCGGCUCAUCACCAGCACCGGCAAGUACAAGCCACGUGAUCUGAUCGCGAUGCGCUGCCAGCGCUGCGGUACGCACACGCUGUGCGUAUUUCCGCGCUACAAGAGCAGCAACCCGAUCACGCUGAGCAAGGUGUACGCAACGAAGAAGGGCUGCGACGUCAAGUUCGAACCGUUCCCGUGCUGGAACGAGCAGGAGGAGGGCAACUGCAAUGCGCUCCAGUCGGCCAUCGAUCUGCACAGCGAUGGCGAGUACGUCUGGGUGCUGGACAGUGGGGUGACGCAGUCGCAGCGCACACCGGUCCAGCGCUGCCCGCCGAAGGUCGUGGUGUACUGCAGCAAGACGGGCAAGAAGCUGAAAACGAUCAAUCUGGCCCGGUUUGUGACGGAAAAGUCGCGCCUGCAGUACAUCCAGGUGGAGUGUCUGAAGGGCGGCCGGUGCUACGUGUACGUGAGCGAUCCGGGCAACAAUGCGAUCAUCGUUUACGACGUGUACAAUGGGCGCGGGUAUCGGGUAAUUCUGCCGAAGGCUGUCCACAUGGGCUGCCGCUACCGGGACAUGCUGUACAUCUUCCUGUCGAAGCACAAGGAAGGUACGCGGCUGUACUUUACCUAUCUCGGCGGUAAUCGACUGUUUGCGAUCAAGACGGAGCAUCUGCGCAAGGGACACGGUGGCAACAUUAUAGACAUAGGCGAGAAACCGGUGGUGCCCGUCUUCCUCGGCACGGACGGUGGCCAUGGAGUGUUCUUCAGGGAGGAGGGCGAGAUGAACAUCUACUACUGGGACACCAACACCUGCUGGAAAAAGACCAACUUUAAGCUGGUGUACAAGAGCACGCUCGGCCUGUACGCCACGCACGUGUUCCCCGAUCUGAAGCUGAACCGGCUGCUGGUGCUGGAGAACGAUUUCCCGAGCUACGUGAAGGACCACGCCGGCUGUGGCACGCUCCAUCAGAUCUCGAUCCUCGAUGGAAGCUGCAAGUGUAAUUCGGGCUAGUGGAGGGGUGGGUGUAGUAGCACAAGGGGAGGCUGCUGUAAGUUAUUAGUCGAAGCCGUUUAAAAGAUGGGGUAAAAUUUCAUUUGAACGAUGGCAAAAGGCGAUCGCGUUCAAACACAGCCGUUAUGCAAAACAUGUGAUAUGCAAGAGAGCGAGCUAGUAGUGAGUAAGCUUGCUAAACCAUGGUACGGGGACGAUAUUCCGACACUGUCCGG